AUGGUAAAUGAUGGCUUCUUUAAGAUCUCGGAAACGCUGAAGCCCGUUCGGAAUCACUUCAAAGUCGGACAUAAAGUGGAAGCGAUUGAUCAGAGGAGUUUUAACGGCAAGACGUGUCCAGCAACAAUUGUGGAGGUCACGAAGAGUCAGAUUCAAAUUCACUUCGAUGGCUGGAAUAAUGGCUACGAUAUCAAAGAGCCGUACUAUACACGAUUCGUCAUGCCAGUCGGUUGGUCGGCGAAGAAUGGAGUAGAAAUCAGCCCUCCAAAGGCGGCUGGAAAGAGUAAGUCAGCACAGUCCUAUACAAUAAAAGUAUAA